GGGAGGAAAUGACCCUUUUCCUGAUUGUCAGGUAGUUAAACGCAGUCUUUUCAGAGUGGGUUUUAGUCGAUGAGGUAUUCAAACACUGAGGACAAAGGAACAGUGAAGAAUUACUUUUCUAAAAAAAGAGGCCGAACUAUAAACAACAUUUAUUAGAAGGAAGGCAGUAGCCAAGUGAAGCAGCUGGAAUCACACUGAAGUUACUCUCAACUCUGCAGAUCAUUUCACUCUUCCUCCUGCUACAGACCUCACAUCCCUGAUUUACAGUGCCUUUUGUUUGAAAGAACUAAGCCAGGAAUUUCUGCUGGCUUGUUGCAGCUCUGUUAUACCUGGCCCACCAUUUUGUUGCCAUUCUUCAGAAAGCCACUCUGCAACAUGACAUUUGAAGAUUUUGAGAACUACUCUUAUUUCUAUGAUCUGUCUGAGGAAGAUGAGUCACCCCAGUCCUCCCUCAGCAUUGCCCAUAUUAUUUCCCUUUUCUUUUACAGUGUGGCAUUUCUGCUGGGAGUGCCAGGUAAUGCCAUUGUCAUCUGGUUCAUGGGCUUUAAGUGGGAAAAAUCUGUUUCCACACUCUGGUUCCUGAAUCUGGCCAUUGCAGAUUUCAUUUUUGUUCUCUUCCUGCCCCUCUAUAUUACAUACGUGGCAAUGGGCUUCCACUGGCCUUUUGGGAAGUGGCUCUGCAAAAUGAACUCAUUCAUUGCACUACUUAAUAUGUUUGCCAGUGUUUUCUUCCUGACAUUCAUCAGCCUUGACCGCUACGUCCGCCUUGUCCACCCGGUCUUUUCCUACAAAUACAGGACUGUGAAGAACACCCUUGUUCUGAGUGGGGUCAUUUGGAUGUCAGCUGCAAUUAUUGGUGGCCCUGCCUUAUACUUUAGAGACACAGCUACAGUGCUCAACAAUGUCACCAUUUGCUACAACAACUUCCAUGUGCAUGACAGGGAACUUAUUUUGCUAACACAUCACAUUCUCAUUUGGGUGAGGCUUGCAUUUGGUUACCUCUUUCCUUUAGUGACCAUGGUUAUUUGCUACUCACUGCUGAUUGUCAAAGUGAAGAGGAGAACUGUAUUGACUUCCAGCAGGCUUUUCUGGACUAUCACUGCUGUAGUUGUAGCUUUUUUUGUCUGCUGGACACCGUAUCACAUAUUCAGCAUUGUGGAGCUGUCUGCUCACCAUGAUGAAAACUUGCAUGACUUACUACAGGAUGGCAUUCCCCUCUCCACUGGCCUUGGUUUCAUCAACAGUUGCCUCAACCCAAUCCUCUAUGUUCUGAUUAGCAAAAAGUUCCAAGCCCAGGUCAAGAGCACAGUGUCUGAGGUGCUGAAGCUGGCCCUGUGGGAGGUGAGCCGCUCGGGAACGGUCAGUGAGCAGCUGUGGAGCUCAGACAACGCGCCUGUGCACUACUGUGAAACUGCCCAGUGACUGCUUGUGUCACCAGCUCUCUCCAAAAGAGCUGAUAGGAGAUUUGGAGGUGUUCUUGACUUCGCAUCUGCCAGUCAGAUGUGCAUCUUUACAUAUACAGGUUUCUGUAAACAGCUGGCUUAAUUGCACUUGCUGCUUGAAUUGAAGGGUUUUUGAGGGUCAUGAGAUUUGGAUGUGUGCCCUUGCAGUGCACAUCCAGCCUGAACUGAAAGUUAUCAGCAUAUAACUGGGCUUUUGAUGAGGAUUAUCAUUGUAAUCCUGUUGGUUUGCUGUGGUUCCAUACCUCGCUGAUAUAAAAAGAACACAUAAUAAAAAUAAUCCUCUUUGCCAUUGCUGAUACCUUUCCUAAUUGAGGCAUUCUCAUCAAAGAGGCUGUGGCCAUACAUCACUGGGUCAUGAGUCUCCUGAUUGCCUGCUACUGCCCAAAGCAGGAAUCCCUGGCCACCCACCUAAAUGAAGCUAUCAGUGGCUCCACUCUGCAGCUGGAGAAGAAUCUCAAGAUGGAGAACACUGAAUUGCUGCAUUCUAUUGACAAAAAAAGAAAUAUAUGGAAAAAAAACACUGUCUUCUCCCAAUGUUCUUUAUCUUACACUCAAAACUAAGACAGGAGACCCUGUGUUUUCUGGUAACUUAGUGUAUUUUUAACACCAGCUGGGUGCAAAAUACUGAGCAGAUGUUUCAUAUAGAUAUUAGGCUCAUUCAAAAUGUGCAAAGAAUUUGUGAAAAUAUUUCUUAUAGCUUCUGUGCCACACUUAUUUUUCUAUUUUUAAAAUUUUAGUACUACAGAGGUUUUCAACUAUUGAUUGCUCUUUAUUACUCUUUCAAGCAAAGGUAAAGAAAUAAUAUAACAUUUUGUUUGCCCUAAUGUCAAGCUAAAAAAAAUGGGUGGAGUGAAUUCAUCAGUAUUCUGUUACAAGUCUCUAGCCAAAUUUGGACUUCUUUUCCAAGUAAGAGGCAAGACAGUUCAUCCAGGAAAUGGAGUCCACUCCCAUAAGAAAGAUGAAGUAGUCCCAGUUCUGCUGUGUUCCGUUCCAACUUGUUGCUUGCUGCAGAAUCACACAUGCACCAAUGUAAAUAUAUAUAUAUAUAUAUAUAUAUGCUAUGUGGAGUGAACCAAUUUCUGAUGCAAUACCACUUAAUUAAAAAGUUGAAUGUGGGACAAAACUCCACUGAAAGUAAAAGCAUAGAGCUUUGGGUAAAUUUGAACUGUUUUUUCCUAGUUAUUGGCCUAGGCAUAGAGAAUAAAACUGCCUUUCAUAUAAUUUACUUAGUUUAUAUGGCCUACCAACACAUUAGUAGCAUUUAUGCUAUAAUUGAGGCCUUAUGUGUAAAUAGAUUUGCUUUUGUAUAAAAUAUAUAUAUGUAUGCAUGCAUAAGUACAUCCAAUAUUGUUAGCUGCACUAAUAGAAAAAGCCUGACUCUGGUCUGUAACUAUUUCUUUGGGCUCUAGUUUCAGAGUCUGAGAGAGUCAGGCAGGAUCAGUGGAAUUUCAGUGUAUUUCCUUUUGGGCUGGAAAGCUGGUAAGCAGCGUUCUUCCUUUGAGUAAUUUGCUGCCUGGUACACAGUUGCUCAUCAUAAUAUUUUGGCACCGCGCUGCUGUAUGUGCCUAAAUCAAACAUUUUGCAGUUUUUCUUCACGUGUUCCCUAACAUCUUUCUAAGUGGAAUGUACUUUCUUGGCUGUAGUACAAGUGAAGUAAUAAAAUUUUGUUGUUUCCGAA